GGAGGAGCGAGCGGGGGGCGGUCCAGGAGGCACGUCCAGUCAGCGGGGAGUAACCGGCUAGCGGAGAGACCGUUAUUCAGCUUCAGCAGCAGCAGUAGAGGACACAGCGAGCAGCCUGUGCCAGUGUACGAGUAAGGGCGUAGCUCCCGGCGCCAGUCAGCACCACCCUGUACCACAGAUACAGCUAGCCGCAGCUGAGCCCACACCCGCUCCGUGCAACAUGGUGGACCGCGAGCAGCUGGUGCAGAAAGCCCGACUGGCUGAACAAGCCGAGAGAUACGACGAUAUGGCGGCUGCCAUGAAAGCAGUAACAGAAUUAAACGAACCUCUUUCAAAUGAAGAAAGAAACUUGUUGUCUGUUGCAUACAAGAAUGUUGUUGGAGCUCGUAGAUCUUCCUGGAGGGUAAUAAGCAGUAUUGAACAGAAGACCUCUGCUGAUGGCAACGAGAAAAAAAUUGAGAUGGUGCGUGCCUAUCGUGAAAAAAUUGAAAAGGAAUUGGAAGCGGUGUGCCAAGAUGUACUCAACCUAUUGGAUAAUUUCCUUAUAAAAAAUUGCAGUGAAACACAGUAUGAAAGCAAAGUGUUUUACCUGAAAAUGAAAGGAGAUUAUUAUCGAUACCUAGCAGAGGUAGCCACUGGGGAAAAGCGAGCAGCAGUUGUGGAAUCCUCAGAAAAAGCAUACAGCGAAGCCCAUGAGAUAAGCAAAGAACACAUGCAACCUACUCAUCCCAUCAGGCUGGGAUUGGCCCUUAACUACUCUGUGUUCUACUAUGAGAUUCAAAAUGCACCAGAACAGGCUUGUCAUCUGGCCAAGACAGCAUUUGAUGAUGCUAUUGCAGAGCUUGAUACCCUGAAUGAGGACUCCUACAAGGACUCUACUCUUAUCAUGCAACUUCUACGUGACAACCUAACACUCUGGACAAGUGAUCAGCAAGAUGAUGAUGGAGGAGAAGGCAACAAUUAAGACCUCACUAUGGACUGGCAGCCGCACGCUGAUGCUACUACCGCAGUCUUUAUUUUUUUUCCCACAAGUGGGGGGUUAAGGGUGGGGGAGGGUAAGGAAGGGACAACCUCCCCAGGGGAAGACCCUACCACCUGUCUUUGAUUGCCUCUUCGACAUUUUGCCAAAACACCACGAGUGGAAAGUUAGACUGGCUGUGCUAGUAUGGAAUGGCAGCCAAACACUGGCACAUGGACUGUUCUGUAGUUAAUAAAAGUGGAGCUGUUUUUAAUUUUAAGUUAUUGCUAGACAUAUUUAGAAAGAGAUUUAAGAGUAGGAAUAACUUGAAUGGAAUGCCUUUUUUUAAAUAGUUUUGUGGUUCCAGUAAGUUAUUUUAUAUUUAUAUUCUUAGCUGUAAGCACGUCUUGCCCUUCAUGCUACAGUAUAUGCAUAUUUAUUUAAUGUGGUGUACUUUGUACACUUCACCUAGUUACAUGGUAUACACACAAUUCUUUAGCCACUGCCUGCCAGUAUUCAUGAUAACAUGGUUUAAUAGGAAAGCUUGCCAGUACUUAAGCAUUCAGUUUUUGUUUACCCUUCUCUUACUGGAAAGUCAGUAAAUUCCCUAUUUCAACCUAUAAAAUAAUGCUGUUGCAUAAAAUAAAAAGUUUAGAUGAUAUCUAAUGCAUCAGAUGUAAAUUAUGACUUCCACUUCAGCUAAUUGAUCUGCUGACUCAGAUUAAGUAGUGUCUCGUGAGUGUUCUUUGCAAGUCAUCUUAGCACUUGUCAGCACCAAGAAAAUGUUCUAUAAACAGACCACCUACCAACCCAAAUGAUCAGGGUUUAAUGCUGCUGCAUUUCUGUUAAGGUAUUGCAUUUUCCCUCCUCUUGAAACACCCUGAUUACCAUACUACCUAAUACUUAAUUUCAGCAAUGUAAAGGCAACAGUGAUAGAAAACAGAUCUAAAGUUCAUUUAAUAGAGAAUUAUAUAUACUGUACAUAGAUGUGUAUAUAUAAUGUAUGCUCUAAUUAAUCUGAACCCCUAGUAAAAUGGAACUGAAACACUUCAGUAACUGGCUACACUUGCAUGAUAAAAUAUGAUUAACCUAUGAUUAACCUCUUGACUGCAAGUGUCUGUUGGCAUCAAUGGCAAAUUCCUAACUAGAAAGUUCUGCUUGAUUUUGUUUCCAGACUGGUUUAAUAUGUGCAACCAAAGUUCUAAACGUUCUAGUUUAGAAGUAUUUAAAUGAAACCGUAUAGAAAGAUUUUUUAUGAUUUAAUUUCUUUAUAGAAGCCAUAGGUAUUUACAGGACAUGCAACAUAAAAGCUGUUGUAUAUGUAGAAUGUUUCUAGCUUACUAUAGCAAUGCUAAAGUGGCAUGUUCAUAGCCAGAAUUUGAGGCAUAUCGGUAGCAGAAUUCUAUUUUCUUAAUUGAAAGCAAGUGAAAUAUUCAGGUUUUUUUCUUUUGUUUCACCCUCCCCACCACUGUGGUAAUCAGUGUUACAUUUGUGUCCAACAUAGAAGUAAUUUACUGGAAUUACAUAAGCUAUUUUAUUUUUUUAUGUUCUUCGCUGCUAUAAAACCUUGACUAUUUUAAGAGGGCUCCAAAGCUAAGGAUGAUGAAAAGGUUCGAAGCAGCAAUUUUUAUUUUUAUUGCACUUGCCUAUAUAACAGUUUCUCCAAUGAAAUUACUACCGCUGCAUUAAUCUCAAUACAAUAUUGUGCAUGCUAGUGUUGUAUUUCUAUAACGUAGCUUGAAAUUAAAUUAUACAGUAGAUGUUAUGUAUUCCUAUGGCAAGCCAACUAGUCUUCAAUUUUAUUGCCUUUAUUUUCAAGAAGCAAAAACAAUGUUCUCCAUUGGAAGUGAGGGUUUAAGGGGUAGACUAUGAUCUACAGAGCUGUAAUAGUUUAAAUAUUGGUAUGUAAUGGAUGUUGCUAUUGUGACAUGCAAAUAUAUAAUUUUGAUCGUAAAAGAAAAGUUAUAAAAAAAUAAGAAAAAAUAAAAAAAUAUAUAAAAAUUGGUUAGCUGGGGAGUGGGAGGUAUCUUAAACACCAGUUUUAGCCUAACCUCAAUGUCUGGUGUUAGUCAUGGUGAAAUUCUAAUUAUUAAUGUGUAGGAAAAUUACUGUUUUUGAAUAAGCCUUUGUUUGUGCUUCUUUGUCAUUGUAAUGCAGUGAAUUAUUUAAGGUCUGAUCAGUGAAUUGUCAUUUCUACUUUUUCACUUUGUUUUAAAACAAACUCUGUGUUUUUGAGUUCAAACACUUUCCCAUUUUUAUUUUAUUACAAAAAUUUUUUUUUUGCCACAUGGACCAUUUCUAGCAGUUUUCCUCAGUGAUGGAAUAUCAUGAAUGUGAUUUCAUUAUGUAACUGUCGCACAUUGAGCAAAUAAACUUACAGAUCUGA